UUUCAUAGCACGUUUGCCGCUCCACGUUGGUUCAGUAUCCGUUGUACGUUCGCUUUGCGUGGAGUGUUGGGUCGUUCGCGUGCUCAUUCGUUUGUUUACGCUCGCAUCGAUCGUUCGUGCUGUGGUUCGGUUUGCGCUCGCGACGGACACGCGUUGGCCUGCAAGGUGUGCACAAAUUGACCGUCGGGUGAUGAAUGAGCGCGUUCAUCAUACUAAAGUGGUUACAUUUGAAGUGGUUCUACAAUUUAAGAGGUUCAAAAAUAGUACCAAAAAGUGAUUGUAUGAGAAACGCGAAGGAAACUACUUGACAAAGCACUGCCUGUGUAAGGAUAGGCAGAAGAAAAUAGGUCUGGUGACGCUGGUAUGCUAGAAAAUCGUAGAAUUAUCACCUCCCAGCUGAGAAACGUCAACAACAAGAUCAAAAGGUAACAGCCGAGCAACGGUUUGUUAGCUGCAUUAAACACAACGAAGGAACGAGCAAGAAAUAAACCAAAUGCAAACUGAUAGAUAAUUGAAUUUGCACCCCACGCGCGGACUUGCUUGCAGAGUGAAGUGCAUUCCAGGGCUCCUCGGUGCAGUAUCGGCAAUAGCGGUGUUCAGCUUCAGACCCCACCGGUGAAGUGUUACGAGCGUACCCCGCGUUCGAACGACGCGUCAAGGAGCGAGAUUGUGAAGUGUUAAAAUUAACGUUGCUCUCGUUCGCGUUCAAUUAACAAUCCGUGCACCGCACUGUAUCCUCGCGUAUGUGACCCUGUGUGUAUAUUCACGUGUGUGUGUUUGUGUGUCUAUAGCUCUACUCUGUGCAGUGUGUGUAGGUGCAUCUAGGUGCGGUUGGCAAGUGUGCUGUGAAGUAUGGAUUGGGCGAGCUUGAGUGAAUUAUGCAACUGUGCUAGAAAUAUACAUAUUGUGGGCAAAUAUUUUCCAAUCCACUCAGGCUCGGUGCUCCGCUUUUUCAAUUAGCCGCAAUUAGUCGCUCGGCGAGAGAGAGAGAGAGAGAGAGGAGGCUUCGAGUCUUAUCGCUAACAGCCGAAAGGAAGAAAAAGAAGAAACAGAAGAAAAAAACACAGCGGCCACUCAAACACAAAAACCGAUACGCCAUUUGAUAGGAAAUUGUGCACAAUUAUCGGCCGCUUGCAAGCCCGCAGGAUUCCAGCCAGCAGCAGGUUUGAAGUAGCAGCAAAACGUUCCAGUUUGUCGCUUCAGCAAUCGAGGAUCGCAAUCGGCCAGCACCAUCCCAUUUGCUGCAAUUGAACGCGUGUGCGUGCGUGUGUGUGUGUGUGUAGAAAAACAGGCCUCGCUCGCGCAACGGUGCGAGCGCGUAAUACCGGUUCAAAAUUUACAACAUCGCACGGCUUGCGAACCUAGAUCAGCCCAGUCGACCAAUGGGCAUAUCGGACGAGGGCAGCCGGCUGGAGGAUAUCGAACCCCAUGAGGCGCGGCCACCGCAGGGCAGCCCACUGGAGCGCAGCGCUAGCACCGGCCAACUGAUGGGGAGCAGCGGGGGCGACCCGAACAGCCCACUGUCCGAUCCGCACAGCGACGACGGCGGGGACGAUUUUGCGCCGAAGCGGAAGCAGCGCCGGUACCGGACGACCUUCACGAGCUUUCAGCUGGAGGAGCUGGAGAAAGCGUUCUCGCGCACGCACUAUCCCGAUGUGUUUACGAGGGAAGAGCUAGCGAUGAAAAUAGGGCUCACCGAGGCUCGGAUACAGGUUUGGUUCCAGAACCGGCGGGCAAAAUGGCGCAAACAGGAAAAGGUUGGACCGCAGGGACAUCCGUACAAUCCGUACCUGGCGAGCGCGGGCCAGGUCCCGUCGGCGACCGUCGUCGCCCCGUCGCUGCCGCCGAACCCGUUCAGCCAUCUUGGCUUCAACCUGCGCAAACCGUUCGAUGCGGCGAGUUUGGCCGCGUUCCGCUAUCCAUCGCUCGGUGGCAGUCACAUGCUGCCGUCCGCCUACUUCAACCAGUUCCACCGUGUCUCACCGUUAUCUUCCUUCGUUGACGAAUUUUGCAGAGCGCCACCGCCACCGCUGCUGCCACCGGGCGUCGGUACGUUCUACACCCCGUCCGCCUCCUUCCAGACGCUGCUGGCGAACAUUUCCGCGGCCCAGCGAGCGCCCCCCGCCAUGCCCUCGAAGCCACCGACGUCCGGGGUGGACUAUAUGCCACCGGGACCGCCGGGCAUACCGCCACCGCCGCCGCCCGGUUCCCAGGUGCCUACGUCGCCCGCCUCACCGCCCAUCUCGCCGACCGCCCUGCCGCCCGUCGUGCCAGUUCCUCAGGCCGCACUGCCGGCUCCACCGCAGCCACCGCCGGGGUCGGCGUCACCACCGCAGGCCGACCGGCGCAGUUCGUCGAUCGCCGCGCUGAGGCUGAAGGCCCGGGAGCACGAGCUGCGGUUGGAGAUGCUCCGCCAGAACGGACACAGUGAUAUCUUAAGCUAGGCAAAACAGCACUAAACCCACCGGGCGAGCAGACGCACAAAGAUCACGUGUAGUUGUUUUGUACUUAAAGUAAGCCGAUCGUAAGUGAUCGCGAGCCACACAGCUAGAAGCAAUAGAAUCAAACCUGGAAACUCUGUACUCAAUAGAAUAAGCGAUGCAUUCCAACCCGAUCCGGCCUGCAUUUCGGCCAAACACUGGUCGACAUCAUUAGGACACUCAAUUAAUCAAAUUGGAACGGGGAAUGGGGUCCACCAGCAAACACGCAUCGGGUGGCACGGUCCAAAUUAAGUCUUCGGGCAGGCUUCCCUCCCGAACACCCGAUCCCCGACAAUCAAAACUCGCUUUCUCGUAUGAUACAACCUUCCUUCCCUGCCCGUUUUGGGCAAGAUUUCUCGUAAGACACUCCUAUAAUUACUCGUUUCCCGGGAAGUAGAGGGAAUCCGGCGCUCGCUCACCCCGAGGGCGAUACGGCUUCUGUAUUGCUGCGUGCCAUCGUGCUAGCGUGACAAACGUCAACAGCACAGUGGUCACUUUCUGUGUCCGUGAGCGAACGUUGUAAAUUGCCGCAAAUUACACAACACAUUUCGGGACCUUCCAGCCAGUUCGAUUUCAAUGAAACGUCAUCUAGACACGUCACCGACUGAGUCGGCGAGUCGAGCGUGUCCAUGAAUGAAACUCCUAAACUCCACUCCACGAAAUCCACUCCGCCAGUACCCAAAAACCUUCCGCUGCCGAAUCAUUUACGUUUUAAUGCCAACCGCUGCUGCCGCCGGUCUUUUGAUAGCGUAUUUUUCGCAUUCGCAACGUUAUGAUUAUAACCAUUAUCACCAUGCGAUUCGGCAGUGGGCAUCCCGAAUGGAGCGCGAUUCGGACCCGGGAUGCAGGGCAGAAACGUUAAUGAAAGAUGGAGUCUUCUUGAAAGAUGGAGGUAACCGGGGAACAGCUUCUGGUUUUCCGCACUGAUGCGCUCGGGAUGGCCGACUGCCCGGAAGCAAUCUGGCACACGAAAUAGGAACCCAGGAGAGUGUGGGCUGGCAGGGGAGUUAAUUUUCAUUUUCAUUCUAAAAAUGCCUUUGCUGAUGGACUCAUCGUUGCAGAGCGAAUCAAAAGUUUCUUAAUUAAUGGAGCCCGAAAAUACGACGGUUUCAAGGACUCAAGGUUGAAAUACAAAUUCCUCUUUUAGCAGAAUCAUAUAAAUCACAGCACAAGAAGAUAAAAAACGAAAACAAGAUCCCUAAUUUGAAGAGGUGGAAUGGUGUACAAAGCAAAUUGGCUCUAGUUUUAUAGUACUUUACCUAAAAGUGUUGAUACUUUAAUUCCUUACUUAACUUCAAGACCCUACGCGAUAGUGUCAGUAGCAGUAGAAAGCUCAAUUUGAGUGCAUUAAGCAUAGUAGAAAAAGCAAGCGUAAUGGAGAGUACUUAAAAAGUGUACAUAAAAGCGUGAUGAGCCGAUCGUCGACGAUCGAACACGACCACAAAGUGUACCAGUGCAGUAGCAGUGCUUAGCUUUUAUUGUAGCCAGUUAGCCAAUGCGCGCCGUACUAUUAUUAUCAUCCUUUUUUACUCCGAGAAAGAUUGUAAAUAGAUUGAAAUAUCACGCGCGUACGCGUAUUUGGUUGGACAGUAGUGGUAAGUUGUUUUUGAUUGCUGAAAAAAUAAACUAUUUAAAGAAACAAAAAAGUAUAACACAA